AUGACAGAAGGAUGGUACCCUGGCGCUCUUCGUCAAGAAAUGGCUGCAGAGACUAAGUUGACAAAACGAAAAAAGACUACCACAAUAUUCCAGUACAUACGAAACACGUACGCAUGCAUCAAAAUGAACUGUUGGAGACCUGAUGCUAAAGACGCAGGAGAUCAGCAACGACCCCAUCGGAGUAACCAAAAAGAGGCGAAAUCGCCCACCAGAGAAGCUGAUGGAACUGGUCAAAACGAGUUUACCAGUGAACAUUGA